AGAGUCACAUAAACACAAAUGAUAUCAAAGUCAUUGUAAGAAAGGCUGAUUUUGUUAAUAAGUGGUAUUAGAAAAACUAUAAGUAAACUUCAACCCCUCUCAUAAUACCUAAAUGUAAAUCCUAAAUCUAUAAAAUUCCUAGAAAACUAACAAGAGAGAAAAAAUCUUUAUAACCUUGGAGAAAGAUGCAGAUUCACUAGCAAGUCCCCCAAAGCACAACUUGAGGAGAAAUUGACAAAUUUAUCAACGUUAGACCUCCUGUUCUUCCAAACAUUCAUCAAGGCAGUGAAAAGGCCAAGUCACACACAAGAAGGAAGUAUUUUGUAAAGAGUACUUACAAUUCAAUUCAUGAGACGGCACAGAUGGGAAGGCCGUUUGAAGAGAGGAAGUGGACCAGGGCGAGCCCUGCUGAGACUCACAGACAAGAAGCUGGAGCGCAUGGGGAUCGCCCAGGAGAACCAGCGUCAGCACAUCCUGCAGCAGGUGCUCCAACUGAAGGUUCGGGAAGAAGUCAGAAACCUGCAGUUACUCACACAAGUGUAUGACAACUGGAGGUCAUGUGGCAGUCUUGCAUCCUCGACGGAUUGUUCUCCAUAACCAUGUUAGCCUGGCAAGCCGCUGUCCUGCCAGUGGAUAAGAGUGUGGCCUGUUCCCCAGAGAAAUACUGACUCAUGGCCCUGCCAGAAGAGAUCCUUGGAGCACUGACAGAUUAACCAGAUUGACUGAGAAAACGCCUAUUCAGUCAAGAUUAUGGACUUUGCGAGCAGAAAAAAAAUCUUAGUUUGCUGUGGAUUUUCAAAUGAGGUGCAUAACAUACAGUGCCAACUCGUUCCAAGUGGUCAUUGGCAGACCAUUAGCCGGAAAUUGGCUUCUGGUUUUCAUCACUGUGCAUAACUCAAGUUCCCCUUGGGCUCCAUCUGUGCCCCUCACUACAAGUUCUGUUUUAGCAUGGCAACCACUGGAUUAUUUUCAUUAAGUGUGCAGAUGGCAUGAUGUUCUAGAAAAACAAAUACAAGAGUUCUGCAAUCUCAGUGGAAGGGUUCGAAAUAGUGUGCCCUGGUAGGAAUGUAAACAUGUCUAGAUUAUGUUAGUGGCAAUGUCCAAAGGUGUUCUGUCCAACACUGAAGCACUUUAUAUAAGAACACUACACUGAGGUAAAAUAGCACAUUUGAUACAUGUAGGAAAACAAGUGUUUCCUCUUUUCUUUAUAAAUCUUGUCUUAUUUCUGGCUCAGACUGUCCAAAACCAACUCUCCUCCUAGUAUACUCACAGUUGUUUGUGGUAGAUCAGUGUAAAUAUGGCCACAAUACUGUUACACUUCACCUGGUGACACUUAACUGGAUACCUGGAUUCCUUAGAGCACAAAAGGAAGUAGACUCAAGCCUGGUGACUCUUGGUUCUUUAUACCAGGCACAACUUAACAUAUGACAUAAGGACACUCUUCCAGGAUGCUUCUCUUUGGCUGAUGUAUGCAUAGCCUUGUCCCAUAAAGGAGAUCUUCCAAGUAAAAAAGAGGAUGACCUUCUUUCCAUCAAAGACCAUUGUGGAUGGCUGCCAAGGGCAGCAGAAUGCAAUCUUCCUUAGUGGUUCCACCUACACGCUUAGGAAAUCUUCCCAAGGUCACCUUUAAGUCACAGUUCUGGAGAGAAGCCGCAAAUGACCUCCACUGUGUGCCCAGAGAAGUAACACAUUUAGCCCACACAAGGUUUCUUCCUCGGCAUAGAAAUUAUUCUUCCUUUUAAUACCUCCUGGAAUGUCUAUAUAACUUUUUUUGAUUCUAAAAACAAAGCACAGUCCUGGGAAACCUGUCUGUUCGACGAUGGCUUACCUGAACACUAGGGAAGUGUUCUUUCCUAGGGAUUGCCCCCUUGUGAUACAUUAACAUUUUCCCCUGGAAAUAGAAACUUGGCUGAAUCAAAAACUCAGCAAAGUAUAUUAUGAGCACUUAUUAUUAACCUAACCCAUGACCAACAGGAAUAGAUGUAACAAUCUGGAACCUUCCCAUAAGCAACCAAGACAUGUCAUGUUGUCUUCAAGCAUUCAUUGUUUGUCCCCACUUGUGGUCUCAAGAAGUAGAAAGAGCUGAGUGGUGAUGCACACAGGGUAUCUCUCUACAGCAUGGCUCCUGUCAGAAUGUGGGCUAGAGAAGAGGUUCCUAAUAGGGAUGUCAGAGAAAUGAUUGUUGCCAUGAGAUCUGGACUUUUUACCAGCAGAUCACCACCAGAACCAUCUAAGCUACCACCGGCCAUAAUUCUCUGAGAAGCUGGAAUUGAUCAUCCAAACCCAGGCUGCUGAUAUUCCAUCCCUAUGACCCAUCCAUUCACCUUAGUUCCCACCAUAGGGCUUAUGUGCCCCCCUUUCCUUCUUUUCAUUCAGCAGGCAUCUGUUGAGGGACAACACCAUGUGCCAAGAACUGUACUGGCUCUACUGUAGUAUAUAAAGCACAUUCUUCCUGCUUCUAUUAAAUCACUUUCUUUUUCUCAAGCCGUCCCCUCUUUUCCCACAGUGCAAACUGAAUUGAGACACCCACACUCACCCCCUUCCCCUUGCCACAGAAACAUAGGAAAAUGUUCAUGGCAGACAACAGGUAGAGCUCUUGCCUGAAUGAGUGGGCAGCUAAAUAGCACAUAUGGAAUCUUGCUAAAUGGCCAGCUAAGUCGAUCAGAGCUUCUCUCAGAAGCUCUUCGUUGCUUUCCUUGAUGCCAACCCCCGUCUCUAUACUUCCAGUAUUUCUAUAGACACUACUGUGUAUCACUAUGCUGGAUUCUCUGAAAUGCCAAUUCCAUAACUACUCCUAAAGACCCGGAAUUGGUUCUAAUGAAUCCUGUAAACCCUGCCGGGUGCUGAGAUACUGUAGAUGGGAAUUAACUGGUGUAGUCAGUGAUAUUCUGAGACUCCUGCUAGCACCCUUGGAAAACUGGAUGCACAUUACAGUGCAGAUGUCCACUAAAUGAUCACGGGCUAUUGCUAUUUUGGCUUUUGCAAAAUAAUCUGAACAAUUAAAAAGAGUUGCCUCCUUUUUUUUCUAAGUCAGAGGAGUACUGUAAUACCACUGAAAGAUAAUGGGUAAAGAUAGAAAUGGGAAAAGGCAAAGUGAAGGUCCUUAAAGAGCCCAGUCGACAAUGGUGUCUCUAAAUAUGCCUUAAUGCUUGGCACAACCUACAUAUUUGAAUAUUAGGCCAUACUGCUUUCCAAACUGUCGACCUCUGUUUGAAAUUAUUAUAGGUUAGAAAGCACGGUGGUACAAAACCUUUGCAAGCGCUAGCAAAACCAGGAAAAUGGAGAAGUUCUUUUAUUCACAGCCUUCGGCUUCCUUGUAUGGAGAUGCUUUGUGAGAUUACCCCGUCAUUCCUUCUUGCUGUGCUGUGUAUGUUGGGAUGGGGAUUGAAAUUUUAUCUUCCAGAAA